GGCUAGUCAUAUAUGUCAACAUUGAUGCUCCCUGCCGUCACCUGCCCGCAAAUGCUGUUUUUCUCUUUGUCACUUAGUUUUCCCCAUUAAAGCGUCAAACCAAGAACACUGGCCCGAAUAAACGAGUUUUGAACGUGAUGGAAAAAUGAAGAAUAUCUAAUGGACACUCAGAGAAAGAGCUCUGGGGAUGACAACAGGAAUGGUGGAGAAAGAGGCAUCCUGCACUCAUGGCGGGGCUACUCGUGCAAGCUCACACCUGAGGAGCUGCUUCUCCCACGGCCUGUCCUCCAGGUUUCCUUGGGCACUAACCAUGGUGUUCUGCUGGUUGAAGGAGGGCAGGUUUACAGUUUUGGGGAGUUACCGUGGAAACAAAAUCAAGUGCAAGAUCAAGGAAAACCUGUGCUGGAAAGCGCCCUCAGUGGCCAGCGUGUUGUUACCGUAGCUGCUGGUGGCUUCCACAGUGGCGCAGUGACAGAAGAUGGUGGCCUUCACAUGUGGGGGGACAACACUUGGGGUCAGUGCGGCCUGUCUGGUCUGAGCUCUGUUCCAAACCCCACUCCUGUUGCUCUUAUAGACUCUGAGCGUAUCCCUCCAAAAACUGUACCAGUUCUUGAGCUUGCUUGUGGGGAGCAGCAUACUCUUGCGCUCUCCCGACGGCGGGAGCUUUGGGCCUGGGGCACAGGCUCGCAGCUUGGCCUGAGUGUCUCUAUUUUUCCAGUCUGGAAACCACAAAAGGUGGAACAUUUGUCCGGCAGGUAUGUGCUUCAGGUGGCAUGUGGGGCUUCCCACAGCCUUGCUCUUGUGCGGUGCCUUGGUCCUGAAGACCUGCAGAGACUUCCUGCUGACAAGUGUGGACAGUGCAACCAACUGCUGUACACCAUGACUGACAAAGAGGACCAUGUCAUCAUCUCUGAUAGUCACUCCUGUCUGCGAGGUGUGGCGAGGACUGAAGAUAAGGGUGGCUUGGAAGGGACUGCUUCAAUGCCACGGCUGAAAACAUCUCCUUCAGAGCCUAUACUUCUCUAUCACUCAUCCGCCUGCACCCCUAGCCCCUCUGUGCCACACUGCCCAUCAUCCCAAGACUGUGAGGAGACAGCUUUAACUGCAGCUAAUGGCCAUUCAACUGCUUCAGAUGUCAGCAUCUUGGCUUCUGCUAAAGAAAGUAGUAAUGCGGUCUCAGGUGUCAAAAGUUCACUCUAUCCAGACGAGCAAGCUGUGAAAGAUUAUCUGAAGAAACUGACAGGAAACACUCAGGCAGAGCAGACCACCAAAGGUGUUGGUGGGCUGCAUUCUCUGUUGCCAUCUGCCCCAUUCACUCCUUCCAAUGCUGGCGCCACCAUCAACAAUCUGGUGGCGUCCUGCGCUUCGGUGGUGGGCGAACGGGUUGUUUCCACCUACGAGGCCUUGUCCCUCAAAAAAAUGAUGAAUUACCUUCCCUCUGCAGUGGCAAGGCCCAGUGGGCUGGCCGCCAGCUCUGAGAGCACCACUGAACGUGUUCGCCAAGAGGACUCUGUGCAGGCAAAGAAAAGUUCGAGCACCGGUGACAUCCAUGAAGAGGAGGCAGAGGGACUUCGCCGCCGCCUCUCUCUACCCGGACUUCUUUCACAGGUUUCUCCACGUCUGCUGCGCAAAACUGCUCGUCCCAAGAUCCGUGCAGUAUCUCUGACUAAACUGGGAGCUGUGGUCCCCGAGGCACGAGAGGUACUGCCUACCCUGAAGACUGAGGUGUGGACCUGGGGCCAAGGUGAAUGUGGCCAGUUGGGGCACGGCGAUAACCUGAGCAGAUCCCUGCCAUCGUGCAUAAAAAGUCUCGACAAUAAAGAGGUGGUGCGGAUUGCUGCGGGAGCUCAUCAUUCCAUGGCUCUGACUGCCCAGUCUCAGGUGUUCUCAUGGGGAAGUAACAGUUGCGGUCAGCUGGGGCACAUGGAGACACCCAGCACCAUCCCUCGCCUUGCAAAGCUCUCUGAGGGUAUCCGGGUGUGGGAUGUGAGUGCUGGCGAGAAACACAGCCUUCUUCUGGCAGAUGGUGACUGCAUACAGCCCAUCAUCUACUACAGUGGCCAGCAGGUAUAUGAGCAGGAGACCAAGGAUCAGCCGGAGGAGGAGGAAGACCGGGCUGGAGGCUACACGCAGCAGCCGGUUCUACUUCCUUUCUGCAUGAAUCUGGGCUAUGUGAGCAGUGUGUGUGCAGGCGGUCAGCGUUGCAUGGUGUUGUCUAAUAAGAAUGUAAUGGGAUUUGUCGCUGGUCUGCAUGAGCUGGGGUCAGCUGAGAGGAAGGUUUACUGCAAGCUGUGUGACCUGAAGACACAAAUUCUAGGUCCCCUGUUGGACUUGGACUCUUUAAGCUCUGCACUCGGCUCAGUCGUGCAUGGCCUCCUUCAAACACUGGCGGGUCGAUUUAGCCUAUUGUGUCGCUUGACGGGUCAACAUGCUGCCAGUCUUACUGCCAACCUGCGCCGCGACCUUGAUGUCAAGAGCCUCGCUGUUCUCGACCACACCAGCAUCUUCCUCGACUCUUACAAUGAGUACUCAACUGCUCUGGGCAAUUUCCAGGUGAUGGGAGGUUUUCUUGCCCUGACCAAGCCCUCACUAGAUUUCUUUGGAAAAACACCCGAGCUUCUCCAAAAGCUGUCUCAGUCCAGCGAAGAAAAUGCAUCGAUUACUGACCUCCUGCAGGCGCUGUUUUUCCUGCCCUUGCGUCAUCUUCACAGUUACAGUCGAUUGCUGCUCAAGUUGGCAACUUGCUUUGAUGUGAACACCAGUAACUACCAGCGGCUGCAGGACAGCUACUCCAAAUUUGAAACCUUGGCUGCUCAGUUGAAGAAGAAAGCAAAGGAAGUGGACUACACGUUCAUGUUCUGGAAGAGCUUCCCAGGCAAGAUGACGGAUUCACUGCGGAAGCCUCACCGUCGGCUUAUAUGUGAGAGCAGCAACAAGUCUCUCACUCUGCAGAAUGCUGGAAGGUUCUCAGUCAACUGGUUCAUCCUUUUCAAUGACGCCUUGGUUCAUGCGCAGCGUGUGGCACCCUAUAAAAGCCUUUUCUCAACGCAUCACGUUUUACCUUUGACAACACUGUGGGUGGAGCCAAUUCCAGAAGACAACACUGGCGUAUAUGGAUUGAAGGUCAUUACACCUGAGGAAACGUUCAGCCUGCUGGCCAGCUCUAGUGGAGAGAAGGCCAAGUGGUUUCGCAGCAUCAACCAGGCAGUGGACCAGGCACUAGGUGGAACAGAGCAAGAUAUGACAUCACUGCGACUAGAGCCCCCUAUUUCAAGGACCGCCUCCUACACUUUUUACAAGGACGGCCGACUGAAAGAUGCCUCCUAUGAAGGCCGUUGGCUGAACGGCAAACCCCAUGGCAGGGGCGUAUUAAAGUGGCCUGAUGGAAGAAUAUACACCGGGGAGUUCAAGAAUGGACUGGAAGAUGGAUACGGUGAAUUUGUGGCUCCCAAUAAAACGCUGAACAAGAACGACCAAUACCAAGGUUACUGGAGGGAAGGCAAAAUGCAUGGCCUUGGAAGAUACAGCAGUUAUGCCAGUGGUGAGGUGUAUGACGGGUCUUUCAAGGAUGGAAUGCGACAUGGUCAUGGCAUGCUACGAACCGGGAAACUGAACUCGUCCUCCCCUAGCGUGUUCAUAGGUCAGUGGUUACAGGACAAAAAGACUGGCUAUGGUGUCUUCGACGACAUCACCAAAGGUGAGAAGUAUAUGGGCAUGUGGCAGGAUCACCUGAGGCAAGGCACUGGGGUCGUUGUCACCCAGUUUGGUCUUUACUACGAAGGGGCUUUCAAAGACAAUAAAAUGAUGGGUACUGGGAUCUUGCUUUCAGAGGAUGACACUACAUACGAGGGGGAGUUUUCUGAUGACUGGACCCUAAACGGGAAGGGUGUGUUGACGAUGGCAAACGGUGACUACCUGGAAGGAACCAUCAGUGGAGAGUGGGGAACCGGUCUGAAGGUGACCGGUUCUUACUAUAAACCGCAUUUGUUUGACAUCACUAAGGAGAAGACUCGUGCAGUAAAGCUGGGCCGUCUGUGUGUCAGUGCGGAGGAUAAGUGGCAUGCAGUCUUCGAGGAGUGCUGGAGACAGCUGGGCUGUGAGUCACCUGCUCAGGGAGAAACUCGGAAGGCAUGGGAGAACAUCGCUGUAGCGCUCACCUCAAACCGACGACACAUCCGAGAGAGUCCCCAGCGGAUAUCUCGCAGUCACAGCCAGAAUCUGGAAAGCCUGGAGGUGAUUCCACAACACUUUGGUCCCAUCAACAUGGAGAGAUAUAACGCCAUCCGUCUGUACCUCAUCCAGGCCUGUGACACUCCGCUUCACCCGCUCGGCCAGCUCUUGGAAGCCCUUGUGGCGGUCUACAGGAUGACCUAUGUGGGAGUCGGAGCGAACCGCCGGCUUCUCCCGGAGGCUGUCAAGGAAAUCAAAUCGUACCUCAGUCGCAUCUUCCAGAUCGUCAGGUUUCUCUUCCCAGACAUGCCUGAAGAAGGAGGUCCAAUUCCAGAGCCUUCAACCCAAGAACAAGACAAAGGAGACCCUGGAAUCACUGAGGCCCAGUCUGAGUCCCCCAAACCUGGGCGCGUUGUGAGUAGCUCCGGUCUGCUGCUUCCUGUCCUGCUGCCCCGACUCUACCCACCGCUCUUCACCCUCUACGCUCUAGACAAGGAGCGGGAGGAUGACGUCUACUGGGAGUGCGUCCUCCGCCUUAACAAGCAGACCGACGUGGCUCUGCUUGGUUUUCUUGGCGUCCAGCGGAAGUUUUGGCCCGUCGCUGCAACGAUGGCUGUCCAGGCGGAUAAGGAGCAGAUUCUAGCUGGCAACAGGGAUACCUGCUUUGGCUUGGCAGUUGAAACGCUUCAGCAAAUCAGCACAACCUUCACUCCGUCAGAUAAGCUGCAGGUGAUCCAGCUGACGUUUGAGGCCAUCACUCGGGAGGUGCAGUCUCUGCUGCAGCAGGACUUCCUGUGGUCCAUGGACGACCUCUUCCCCGUCUUCCUCUUUGUAGUUCUGCGUGCACGUAUAAGGAAUCUGGGGUCAGAGGUCAGUCUAAUAGAAGAUCUGAUGGACCCCUGCAUUCAGCAUGGAGAACAUGGAAUCAUGUUUACCACCUUGAAGGCUUGUUACUACCAGGUCCAGCAUGAGAAGGUCACAUAACACCAGCGCUGCUGCUAUGUCCUGCCCAGUGUUACAGCUCCUCCAUGGAACGGAGAAUCUCCUGAAUCUUCUGACAAGGGAUGCUGCAAUGUACUCAGUAGACACAGUUCUACUCUGGCUCAAGAUAUUACCUGAAACUCCAGUCUUCAUUGACAAAUUUUGGUCAUUGGCGGCUUGAUUCUGUUCCUCAACCUUUGGUGUUUUAAACAUUUGACCUCUGCUUUGUUCAUGCAUUUAGAAAGACUUGAAAACUUGGUUUGCCUGAGCAGUUAUAAAUCAUUACCUAAGAGUUAAUGUGAAUAUCAAUACAUGCAGUAUUCUUGAUUCAGACAACUGCGGAUGUCUAUGAGAAAUGUCUACUUUUAAAGAACUUUGUUUUACUUCUAUUUUGUUCACAUAUUGUAUUUUAGUUAAGUUGCAAAGCAGUUCAUAAACACCAGAUAAAAAUAUAGUUUUUAAACACUGUUUUGUAUAUAAUUUAGUGGAAUGCUUCAAACAUUUCAAGUUGAAGAACAUUCAUUGAAUCACACUAGUAUUUUAACUUGACUAAUUGGACUUGAAAGUUGGACGUCCUUUAUGUCGUGCAGCGUAUUUUUGUGGAAGGAUGAUGCCUUUCUGUGAAGUUGAGUGAGCCAAAGCGAAAAUACUAUUUUUUUCAUCUCACAUGUAUCUUCCUUUUAAUCCUGCUGUUUUGUUUAUUAAGCAUAUGCUUUUUAAUACUGAUGUGGUUUCAUCUAUCACGAGCAAAGACAUUAUUAUUGUCCCCUCAAACACUGUCAAACGCCGCUGACCUGAAACUCUCUUUUUUUGUUGAGCAAUCGCGGCACAAACUGUCAGAUAUUACUGCCUGUAUUUGAUUCGUGUUCUACUUUUCAAAGGCUUAAGAGGGAUUCAGGGAAUGAGCAUGCUUUUUUAUGCUGUGGCUUUUGUCUUCUCAUGAUGAUUUGACUGAAAAACACUCGGGUCACUGUUCGGUUAGAGAGGUGGGACUGUACUAAAGCAUGCGCCAUCGUCGAGGGGGAAUUUGACUUUGUAAGCACCAACGACACGUGUCCUCCCCCCAAACAGACAAACUAGAUUAUUCUUGAAUUAAUGUUUCAAUUCUGAAUGACACUAGUUCAGCUUGAUAACAAUAUAUUUAUUGCUGCUGAAUGAAGGUGAAGACAAAUACCUCAGAAACCAUUUUCUGGGAAGCGGUCCCGAACUGUAUCAAUAUUUUCCUCCAUCUUCAGUAAUGUUAAAUGAUAUCGACACUUGAUGGACUCUUGAGAAGUGACAGACCUUUUAUGUGAAUGCAGUGUCAUCCAAUUUCUUUCCACCCAAAUGUAUAUUAAAAUAUUUUCUGAUUUUAAAAGAAGACUUUUCAUUUGGUUUAUUGUCACAUUCCCGAAAUUA